AUGGCGGAGGGAGAAGAAGUGAGAGUAUUUAUCGCUGAAGCCACAUGGCUGGAAUCUGGCUUAUCCCUGUCCUUGGCGGUUACAGCAUCCUCUUCAGUAAAGGAAUCUUGGAAUAACGUUGCAGCCAUGUCCAGUGAUGAUGAUAGGGGCCGUUUGAAGGUUUUAUCAAAAGUCGACUGGAUUCUAUGGUCUCUAUGGAGGGCUAGGAACAACUUGAUCUUUAAUGAGGAGGAUACUAGCCCCCCAGAAGUUCUUAUGGCUGCUGCUAAGCUUGAAUCAAGUUGUUCUGAAGCUAUAAGCCGAAGACCGGGAGACCUUUUGCCUUCGUCAAUGCCAGGGAGAAGAGAUAGGAUGCAAUGGGAACCCCACCCCCCACCCCCCCACCACCCCAUUCCAACAACUUGGGUGUGGGUGCCUGUGUGGGUGUGUGACCAUAUGGGAAGAGUUGUAAAUUCUCAUGCCAAGCUAUUUUCCCACGUAAACAGCCCCAUGACAGUGGAAGCCCUUGCUCUUCGUGAAGCACUGUUACUUGCUGAGAGAAUGAACAUAAUUGGACCGCUCUUUGAAGGGGGCACCAAGUCAGUCAUUAAUGUCAUGAAUUUAGACUCCAACAUCCAGAUGGAUGCAGGCCUUGUAGUCUAA